UGCGCUGGUGGCAGCACAGGCAAGGAGGCCUCCGCGGGUCGCGGGAGUUUGGCGCCUAUUUUUUGUUGGUUGGGUGUUCUCGCCAGUGAUUGGACCGCAGCGCGGCGUCCCGGGUGCGCCGGGUGCGCCGGGUGCGCCGUGUGGCGGCUGCUCUGUAGACCUUGGCAGGACCUGGGGAAGCGCAGUAGGCGACUGGCCUCCCGGGGGAUGGGCCACCAGGAAUCUCCGCUGACCCGAAGAGCGGCGAGAGGCGCAGCUUACGUAAAGAGGUUAUGUAAAGGGGUCAGCGAGCGCGAACACGUGGAAAACCACGGGAACCUGGAAGCCUGGGCCCCCUUGUCGAGUGCCACUGCCACCACCGGUGCAGCACUACAGCCUGUCGCCCGCCCAGCCCGGGCCAACUACUCCCGCGCUACUCGGUCCCGGAGGCUGCUCCGGCUUGGAGCGGACCAUUUCCCGGCGAGGGCUCCAGGGGGGAAACGCGCCGCCCGGAAGUGGAGCAGCGCCAGCCAGGUCACAAUCCAAGGUCCCGCUCCUUCGCGUGCCGGGACCGGACGAAGGGAUGAAGCAGGGCGGACCCGGGCAGCACCGUUGCUGCUCCCCCCGCCGCCCGCAGCCAUGGAAACGGGGGAGGAGGACGGCGCCCGCCGAGGUACACAAAGCCCGGAGCGGAAAAGGCGAAGCCCAGUGCCGAAGGCGCCCAGCGAGAAGCUGAGGCCGGCAGCUGCGGCCCAGGCAAUGGAUCCAGUGGCGGCCGAGGCCUACCUGGCGCGCCGGCGGCCCGAGGUUAGCAGCGGGUCUGCGCCGCCCCGCUACAGCCUGUUGGCGGAGAUCGGGCGCGGCAGUUACGGCGUGGUUUACGAGGCAGUAGCCGGGCGCAGCGGGGCCCGGGUGGCGGUCAAGAAGAUCCGCUGCGACGCCCCUGAGAAUGUGGAGCUGGCGCUGGCCGAAUUUUGGGCCCUGACCAGCCUUAAACGGCGCCACCAGAACGUCGUACAGUUUGAAGAGUGCGUCCUGCAGCGCAACGGGCUCGCCCAGCGCAUGAGCCACGGCAACAAGAGUUCGCAGCUUUACCUGCGCCUGGUGGAGACCUCGCUCAAAGGAGAAAGGAUCCUGGGCUAUGCUGAAGAGCCCUGCUAUCUCUGGUUUGUCAUGGAGUUCUGUGAAGGUGGAGACCUGAAUCAGUACGUCUUGUCCCGGAGGCCAGACCCAGCCACCAACAAAAGCUUCAUGCUACAGCUCACGAGCGCCAUUGCCUUCCUGCACAAAAACCACAUCGUACACAGGGACCUAAAGCCAGACAACAUCCUCAUCACAGAGCGGUCGGGCACUCCCAUCCUCAAAGUGGCAGACUUUGGACUGAGCAAAGUCUGUGCUGGGCUGGCACCUCGAGGCAAAGAGGGCAAUCAAGACAACAAAAAUGUGAAUGUGAAUAAAUACUGGCUAUCAUCAGCCUGUGGCUCAGACUUCUACAUGGCCCCUGAAGUCUGGGAGGGACACUACACAGCCAAGGCAGACAUCUUUGCCCUGGGCAUUAUCAUUUGGGCAAUGAUAGAAAGAAUCACUUUCAUAGACUCUGAGACCAAGAAGGAGCUCCUAGGGACCUAUAUUAAACAGGGAACUGAGAUUGUCCCUGUUGGUGAGGCGCUGCUAGAAAACCCAAAGAUGGAGUUGCACAUCCCACAGAAACGUAGGACUUCCAUGUCUGAGGGGAUCAAGCAGCUCUUGAAAGAUAUGUUGGCUGCUAACCCACAGGACCGGCCUGAUGCCUUUGAACUUGAAACCAGAAUGGACCGGGUCACAUGUGCUGCUUAAAAUUCAGGGCUGAACAUCUUGGGUGUUUUUAAACUAGGUUGAUCCCUCGGGACCCACAGUCUCAUCAUGUCUCACAAAGGACGGCAGAGGUACAGGUGGUGGCCUGACUGGUUGGCGAUCUCCCGACAGCUGGAUCUCCGGCAAUGUGAAGCUUUUGUUUGGUUCCUCUACUCCCCACUCCCAACUCACUUUUUAGUUUUGCCCUUUUUUUCUUUUUCUUUUUUAAUUUAAACCAUCCAGACUUCCGAAGAACAGAAAGCUAUGCUCUUAACAGGCAGCAUUUCUUUUAAAAAAUUCAGUGUGGACAAAGCAUAUGUGUUAAUUUCUCUGUUGAUUUUUACAAGGGGUUAGGGAGCAAUUUUGGUUUUGUACUUCAUUUUCCCUGUCUUCCUUCCUUUACACGUCUUUUAGUUCUGCUUAUAGCGUCUCACUUCCCAGAGAAGACCUGUUACCCCAGAAAGAAUUUUGGGGUUUCUCCUGGAAUGGGACUUGAAGACAUAAGGGCCACCUCCCUAAACCAUGUGGGAAUUGCUGGACUCCUUGGUGGGCUGGUCCUGGCUGCCUCUUGGGCCUCGGACAGCAUCAGAGGCAUAGAACCACCAGGAAGAAGACAACCAGGGUUUAGCCAGGAGGAUCCCAGAAGGAGGCAGAAAUGCCAGUUUGGUUCUCUUGAAGCUGCUGGCGGCCCCAGGCCACAGCAGGACUCACAGUGAUGGAAAUUGGUCCCCUCUUUUGCCCUCUGUAACUUCGAGCCUGAGGGGGGAGGUAGAGCAUGACCAUCCCCCACCCCAGCUCCUCAGGCCUUCCAUGAGGACUAUUGUGCCAAACCUCUGCCUAGGUUACACAGGGUCUUCUUGGGCACCAGCACCACUGUGAGGGAGGCACCCUCACCUCCUGCUUCCUGGACCAUCGUCUUCCCAGUGUGCCCUCAGAUGACCCUUUUCCUGAACUGGCUGCUGCCGUCUUCUCCUCGCAGUGAAAGUUAUACCCUGUGUGCAGGGUCCACAGUGUCACAUCCAGUAACAGACACUAUCAAGCGCCAUCUCCCUUACCCCAGGUGCCCACUCACAACAUCAAUGUAUCUAAUGGGAAGAGAAGGACCUGCCCCAAGCAGGAUGGGUCAGGCCCACAGAGUCCUGGAGGCUGUUAAGGACCUUUUUGGGUCCUUGCCACUUUAAAGCAUCUUGUCCAUGACCCCUGCAACCCCACUGCCGCUAUCUCUGUUUGCAGCCACCCUUCCACUGACAACGCUAUUGUAGCCUUCUUGGCUGCUGCGUUACCUUCUAUCUGGAUGUGCACCUGGGUGCUCUAGACUUUUUCCAGGUUUUUUACCCUGUUCUGGCUAAGUGGAAUGAGGGCAUUAAGGAAGGGAAAGGAAUGGUUUGUGUUCGUUUUUGUUCUUUGUUUUGAUGGGGAUGUGGUUGGAGGGUAUUUCGGUUAGUGUGUGACCAAAGGAGGAGAUCUUCUCAAGUAGCAGUCCUGUAGUUCUGGGAGUGUGUGUGGGAGAGACCAACCCAACAUCACACCCUAUUUGUCCAUUCCCACUCCAGCCUUCUCAGGCCCUAGGCAGCAAGGCUCUUCCCUUUACCUGGGCAGAUGGCUGACGCCUGUCCACAGGGCCCAACAGGCUGCAGGUGGUAACAGCCCUUCCCUCCCUAGGCUGAUAAACCAUGAUGGCCUGUCUCUUGCCUCCUCCCUGACUUCCCAGGAAGCCUCCUGAGUGUACUCUGAGUUGCAGCUUGGAGGGUUGGGGCAGCAGUGUUCCUUAAUUGUAGUGUGUGUUCCUGUUUGACCCCACAACCCUGUCCUCCCUUGGGGCAGCUGUCUGUGUACUGAGCAUAUGGGAAAAACAGUCUCCAAAUUUGGUGCCCCCAAUACUCUAGAAUCCUUGGUGAGGGCUCGGGCCUAACAAGUCACCUGCUUUUUGUCUCUCAAUUUCUCCUGCUCUGCCAAGUCUCUGAGCUCUGUCUGAAUAAGGUCUUGAGGCUGUAGUGCUUCCUUUGGUACAUCCUGCAGGUCUUGGUGGGCAGCCUGAUAAGGGGAGUCUCUUCCCUGUGCUCUUACCCUCUGGCACUCCCAGCCUGCUCCUGCUGGGUAGCAGGACCUCUUGCCUAGCUCAAACGAGGGCAGCUCUUUAGCCUCAAGUGCCAGUCCCUCUUCUCUCCUGCUCUCUCUACUCUGUCCAUUGCAGGCACCCAACCAGCCAGGUGGAACCUGGCUCUGCACACAGGCCGGCUCUACCAUGGUCAGGGGUCAUCCUUGGGUCAGCCACUCUCCUCCCUCCCCUGAUGGGAUCAGCUUCCCUUUCUGUUGCUUCCUCUUUCUGCCUCUGCCUACCUGAGUCUGCCUGCCUGCUGCUCUAUGGGGCAUCAUCUCAGCACCACUAAGUUUGUUAGACUUAGUUCUAAACAAGUUCUAGGAGUUAGCAAACCUUGUGACAGCAGUUGAUCAUUUUCUUCUCCUUGUGUCUAUGAAAAGGAUGUCCUGCUGGAGGGACUGCCUUGUCCUCAGGCCGCAUGGGUCUGGACUUGUGUCCCCCAUCAGAGAGAGGAAUCAGUGGAACAGAUCAUAGUGCCUUAUUCCAUUGUCGUCCCCCCAACCACCCCCACCACACCUGGCUCAGCUGGAAGUGGGGCUUCCUUCUCACUUGCACUCUCCCUCUCCAUCCACAGAUAGCCACAGGGGAAGGAUGACCCUCAGCCCCCCCCCACCCCGCUUCCUGAGGGCUGUAACCAGGCAUACAUCCCCCACCCACUCCAGGACACUCUAGUUAGCAGCUUUAGCCUAGGACAGAAAAGCUGCUGCAGAUAGGUGCAGUCUGCCUCUUCCUCCCCAGCACCCCUCCUCUCUGCCUCUUACCUCUAGUCAGGAGGUUGCCACUGUCUGCUUCUUCUAGACUGGCUCCAUCUGACCCCCUUCAGGGCACUGGGGACUAAGGAUACAGGCCUUGGCCUGGUCUCUCCCUGGGCCUUGGGACAGGUCGCGGAACUCUUUCCUCCAACCCUGAAGGGGAUUGCCCUCCAUGACUGCCUUUCUGAGGGAGUGUACUAAAUGUUUACUUAAGAAAUACCCUGUUUACAGCUGGAGAAGUGGCCCACACUGGGUGGAGAGGUGACCCUGGACAGGGCCUGGCCUCCUUUAGGGCACUGCCAGUGGUUCCCCUAAAGGGAAUAAAAACAGAAGCCUAGGGUGGGGGCAAAGGCCUUAUUUCACUUCCUCUGCUCCCUGACCCUGUGGUGCUAAGACCACCGCCCACCUUCCUUCUGGCCUUGCCCCAGACAUUCCCCAUCUCUCAUUCCCUUCCAAGAUUCUUAGCUCCUUAACAUAUCACUUGUCUCCUAUCCUAAAAACCAAUGUUUGGAGCAAUAAGAUUAUUAUUUUUGUUUGAAUCUUUUUCUAAGAAAAGGAAAAGAGCUGGCGCUGUGGGAAAUUUUUAAGCUAUUGGCUGUUUACCUUUAUAGAAGACAGAACUUUAAAGGACAGCCAUCUGGGUUUUAGCCUCAGGGCACCUUUUGGAAACAGGCUGCUGCCCCCAAUUGCCCUUGCCUUGCUCCUUGCUGCCCCUUCCAGCCCUGCCCACCAAGCUUGAUUGGCCAUCCCUUCUACAGACACCCCUCCUCUUAACACCUAGAGGCACUGGUGGCUCUUGCUCCAGAUGGGUCUAUUGGUUAUCCUCCUGAGGGUACCUGGCAGUCUUUACACAAACAGCUACUGUGCCUCUGAGGCCUGGCAACCUCAGAACAGCUAUGCCUCACUACUUGGCUCUCCAGGGCCCCAGAAGCCCAGGGCUACUGCUUCUGUCCCCUCCCAUGCUGAGCUAUGGUGGCCUUCGGAUCAGCACAGGUCCAUCUCAUAUCCUGCCUUGCCUUGUCUUGAGGGCAGGGGGCUGUUGCCUAAAAAUAUGUUCCCAAAGAGUAACCAGUAGGAGCAACAUUGGCAUCCACAGCCAUCACCACAAUGAGUCCACUGCCAUGGAUUGCCCAAGGGCUGCUAGGAUUACAGAGGGUAUCAGAAGGAGACCCCACACAUGUUUUCCAGAGGCCAGAGGAGAAAGGGAGCUUAUUUAGGGACAUCUUGUGGCCCAGAGGUGUCUUUCCAUCAGAGCAGAGGAUAUUUUACUGACUUCUUAACAUUCAUUGGGACAGUCUUGGGUGUGAGAGAGUUUUAAGCCAGGCACAAAGUUAGUUUCAAAUACUAAUUAAUCUAUUUUUCUUUUCUUUCUUUUUUUUUUUUUUUGGCACAGAAGCUGGUAAUCUAGGACCUAUGUGUGAACAACUUUAUAAGAAUAUUUUUUGUACUUGGUUUACUUGGGUUGGUAUGAUACAUUAUAUUUAAGUUCCUUGAACACUGUGGAUCCCCCUAAUGUGUAUGAAUGACUGAGGCUUUGUAAAUUAAGGGACGUUUGUGUGAAUAAAGUUAUUUGAUGGGGUUGAAGAAGCCAUAUGUGAUUUGAAAA